AUGCAGCAGGACAUUCAGGACGUUCUUAUACACAAGAGCGGCAAUAGUUUCGCCAGCGCGGGAAGCUGCGGCGCAUCGGGCAGUUUCGCUGUCCCUUGUCUCUCAUUUUCAUCAGCACCCUCCCCGCCUUUGCCACCGCUACCGUGCAAGAGUGGAGCCGACGUUGAGCCCUUCGUUGGAGAUGACACUUUUUACAUACCUGUAACGCCCGAGAUUCUCAGAUCCAUUCCGCGCGGCAAAGUCCCUCGCCAGAUGGGGUGUUCGAUGCGUGACUGGGGUGUCUGCGUGGAGAAGCAGCGCAAUGAGGAAAAUGAGAAGCGGGGCGGCUCGGCGCGGCGCCACAGCACAGAGCUUCCGCGACUGACAAUGAAAGAGGUCAUGAGGCACACGAGCCCCGACGACCUUUGGCUUGUGGUGAGGGGGUUCGUGUGCGACUGUACGAAAUUUCAACGCUUCCACCCCGGUGGCGAGCGCCUUCUGCGGCAGUGUGCGGGGAGGGACUGCACGGCGUUGUACGACUACUACCACCCUUGGGUCUCCUGUGAGGGGUUGAUGGAACCCUUCAUUGUCGGUGUCAUUGACUCCCAGUCGCCAAACUAG